GCUCGAGGUGACGGGCUUGUGAGAGCUGGGCGUGACCUAGCGUCCUAUAAAUUAGCGACUCCUGCGUACUGUGUUAUUCGGUUCUUGAGCGGUUGUAGUUGUGCUUUUUGGGUGAGGUUGUUGACUCUCGAUAUGGCUGAUACCGUACAGCAGCAACAGAAUGUGGUGGCAAGGCUGAUUAAUCUCCCCUUGGUGAGCUCUACGUAUGACCUGGUGUCUUCUGCUUAUAUACACACCAAAGAUAAUCAUCCGUAUUUGAAAUCCGUGUGUGAUGUUGCUGAAAUAAGUGUGACGACCAUCACGUCGGUGGCUGUGACUAGUGCCAUGCCAAUCCUGCAGAGACUGGAGCCUCAGAUUGCUAUUGCUAACAACAUUGCAUGUAUAGGAUUGGAUAAGAUAGAGGUGAAGCUGACAAUUCUAUAUCAGCCUACUGACAAGGUUGUCUCCAAUGUCUCUGAGGCAGUUUUUGGUGCAAAGGAUAUUGUCCUACAGAGUAUCUCAGGAGUAGUCUGUAAAACUAAAGGAGCUGUGCAGGAAAGUGUAGAGAUGACAAAGGCUGUUGUGAAUGGCAGCAUUAACACCGUUCUGGGGAGCAGUGUAGUACAGAUGGUGAGCAGCCAUGUUGAUACUGCACUGACAAAGUCUGAAACGCUUCUAGAACAGUACCUGCCACCAACUGAUGAAGAGCUGGCCAAGGAAGCAACAAAAACAGAGGGGUUUGAAUUGGCAACUGGAAAACCAAGUUAUUAUGUCCGUUUGGGAUCACUCUCUACCAAGGCCCGUAAACGUGGUUAUCAGCAAGCCCUGACACUAAUGAAGGAUGCUAAAUGCAGAAGCCAGGAAGCCAUUAUUCAGCUGCAUAAUACUGUUUAUUUGAUUGAAUUUGCAAGAAAGAACAUGAAUGGUGCCAAUCAGAAAAUCCAUGAUGCACAGGAUAAGAUGUAUAAUGCGUGGGUGGAAUGGACAAAAAACACAGGACAGCAAGCUAGUGGGGAGAAUGAAAGCACAGAGCAAAUUGAAUCACGCACUUUGACUAUUGUCCAGAAUUUGACCCAACAACUACAAACCACAUGUCUUUCCCUGGUGACCAGUGUUCAAGGCCUUCCACAAAACAUCCAGAACAAAGCUCACAACAUCAGUGCCAUGGCUGCAGAUGUCUAUCAGAACUUCCGUUCUGCCUCUUCCUUCAGAGAAAUUUCUGAUGGCCUCUUAACCACUAGCAAGGAGCAAUUUACAAAAAUGAAGAAUUCUAUGGAUGAUGUAAUGGACUACUUGGUUAACAACACACCACUAAACUGGCUGGUGCCUGACUUCAGCAUCACUGACCUUUCCUCAGAGGUGGACGAUAACCUAGAUGAGUUGGUUAUCGAAGAGGAGAAGCAAGACUUUUCCCGAGCGAAUGGGGGAGUAAUAAACCGGGAUUUGUAAUAGCGUACCUUUUACUCAUUAGUGAAUGUAAACAUGUUUGCCAUUCAGUAGAUAUGUUCUGCUUUACACUGACAAUGGAAUUUUAUUAACAAAACUAACCUGUGGUGAUGGAGACCUUUGUGUCUAUCUAGCUUUCAGUUUCUAAAAUAAAGCUCCAAUAAGGGCCCUUGGCCUGUGCUUAUGGUAAUGUACAACAAUUAACAGCUGUUGCAGCAGGAACUAUGUUGCUUCAUAGCUUGUUUAUUAGCUGGUGUAUGGGAAGUUUUAAUGAGUGUUGUGUAGGGUAUUUUCUUUCUGCUAUAAGGCUGGGGCCCACACAUACCGGCCAAGCGGGUCCUGCUGAAAGGGACCUACUUGGCCAGGAAGGGGGUUUUGUGUUCACACGGAUCCUGUUCUGUGAGAUGCCGCAGAACAGGAUCCGGCCAGUGACACACAGGAUUUCAAUAGAACACACUGUGGGCACAUACAUUGAAAUGCAUAUAUUCACAUUGAAAUCCUGCCGUCCUGUCAUCCAGCUCAACCGUGGAUCCAGCAGCAGCGUGACUGGUGCAUAUGUGUGGGUGCCUGCAUGUGUAGUCUCCUUCCAGCCAAGCAGGUCCCACUGAACGGGACCCGCUUGGCCGCUAUGUGUGGCCCUAGCCUGACGCUAGAAGCAAGAAAGAACAUGAAAUAACAAUGUUGUAUAUGGCAUGACAUCACAGUUGCCAAAUAGUCAUAAAUAUGUGGUUUGUAUUUAUGCCAGUGCCUUUAAUGUUCACACGGUUAGAAUUUGGUGAUUUGUUAGCUGAUUGUACAUUUUGUUAUAUUGCUCUUUUUUAAUAAAGUGUGUGUUCACAGCAAA